AUGGCAUCGUUCUUGAAGCGCAUAUCCAUCGCCAUUGGAUUUCCCUGGCUGAGACUCGUUGCGGAGACCGCAAACGAGGCCGCAGACGAGGUCAUCAUUCGCGAUGUCGCCAUCAUCGGCGGUGGCUCCUCAGGGACCUACGCAGCAGUUCGUCUGCACGACUCGGGCAAGUCGGUGGUGGUGAUCGAAAAGGAAGAUGUGUUGGGCGGGCACACGCAGACGUAUCGGGAUCCCACGACCAACAAGACCACUGACCUUGGCGUCGUCGUCUUUGACAACCAGCAGCUCGUGAAGGACUACUUGGGCCGGCUGGAUAUCCCCUGGAAAGUGGCUCCUCCGUCCUUGCUGGGCUCCGAUGCUGAUGCGGUCUAUGUCGACGUCCACACCGGCGAGGUGAUCAACCACACUGCCCCCGACCCGGGCCCCGGUCUGGCUGCAUAUGCCGCUCAGUUGGCCAAAUAUCCUCAUCUCGAGACCGGUUUCUUCCUUCCUGAUCCCGUGCCUGAGGAUCUUGUGCUGCCGUUUGGAGAUUUCGUGGCCAAGUAUCCCAACAUCAGCAGUGCUGUGCCAACCAUUUUCAACUUUGGCCAGGGGCUGGGCGAUACCCUGUACCAGCCAACUCUGUACGUGCUCAAACUCGUCAGCCCAGAUGUCGUCCGGGAUAUCAGCAUUGGUUGGCUCACCACCGCCAACGAGGCCAACCACGAGAUUUACGACAAAGCCCUCGCACUUCUCGGCCAGGACGUGCUUCUUCGGAGCCGGGUGAUCUCAACCGACCGCAGCGCGAAUGAUUCUGUCAAAGUCGUCGUGGACACUCCCUCGGGAAACAAGACCAUCCAGGCCAAGAAGCUUCUUGUCGCUAUCCCCCAGAAGCUCGACAACCUGAUUGGCUUUGACCUUGAUGCGAAUGAGAAGGCUCUGUUUGGGCAGUUCGUCCACACGGGGUACUACACCAGCCUCGUCCGUCAUACAGGACUGCCAGACAAUCUCACUGUCAUCAGCAUCAGUCCCGACAAUCCCUCGCAACUGCCGCAAUUACCGGGGGUCUACAGCAUCUCCCCAACCGUGAUCGCGGGCCUGUUCGACAUCAAGUACGGCAGUCCAACGAGUCUCCCAGACGACUUCGUCAAGGGCGAGAUCAUAGCUUUCCUCCGGCAACUGCGACAGUCCGGCGUCGCCACCAUGGACACCCGCCAGGAACCCGAGUUUGUGCAGUUCCAGGCCCACGUCCCGUUCGAGCUGACCGUGUCACCGGGCGCGAUCCAAUCGGGCUUUUACAAGAAGCUGUAUGCGCUGCAGGGUCGGCGGAACACAUACUAUACCGGUGCGGCGUUCCAGACGCAUAAUUCGUUUAUGCUGUGGAACUAUACUGAGUGGCAUGUUCUUCCGCUGCUGCUGAAUGACUCGUAA